CGGAGGCCUCAGUAACCUGCUCUUCCGCUGCUCGCUCCCGGACCACCUGCCCAGCGUUGGUGAGGAACCCCGGGAGGUGCUGCUACGGCUGUAUGGGGCCAUCCUUCAGGGCGUGGAUUCGCUGGUCCUCGAAAGCGUGAUGUUUGCCAUCCUUGCAGAGCGGUCACUGGGGCCCCAGCUUUACGGAGUCUUUCCAGAGGGCCGGCUGGAACAGUACAUCCCACCCCCUCACCACCCUGAUAGGUUCCUGGGUGCAGAGCCGGCCACUGAAAACUCGAGAACUCCAAGAGCCAGUGUUGUCAGCAGCCAUCGCUAUGAAGAUGGCCAGGUUCCAUGGCAUGGAGAUGCCUUUCACCAAGGAGCCCCACUGGCUGUUUGGGACCAUGGAGCGGUACCUAAAGCAGAUCCAGGACCUGCCCCCCACUGACCUCCCCCAGAUGAACCUCCUGGAGAUGUACAGCCUGAAGGACGAGAUGGGCAACCUCAGGAAGUUGCUAGAUUCUACCCCAUCGCCAGUGGUCUUCUGCCACAAUGACAUCCAGGAAGGGAACAUCUUGCUGCUCUCAGAGCCUGAAAAUGCUGACAGCCUCAUGCUGGUGGACUUUGAGUACAGCAGUUAUAACUACAGGGGCUUUGACAUUGGGAACCAUUUUUGUGAGUGGGUUUAUGAUUAUACUCACGAGGAAUGGCCUUUCUACAAAGCAAAUCCUACAGACUAUCCCACUCAGGAGCAGCAGCUCCACUUUAUUCGCCAUUACCUGGCAGAGGUAAAGAAAGGUGAGACCAUCUCCCGAGAGGAGCAGAGAAAACUGGAAGAAGAUUUGCUAGUGGAGGCCAAUCGGUAUGCUCUGGCAUCCCAUUUCUUCUGGGGUCUGUGGUCUAUCCUCCAGGCAUCCAUGUCCACCAUAGAAUUUGGUUACUUGGAGUACGCCCAGUCUCGGUUCCAGUUCUACUUCCAGCAGAAGGGACAGCUGACCAGCUUCCACCCCUCAUCUUGACACUCCACUCUCCCACUCCUGGGAUUUCUCCUGAAGCCUCCAGGGCAGGACCUUGGAGGGAGGGACAAAGAGCAGGAGGCCCUGGGGACUGGGCUGAGCCCCCAACUGAGACUGGGGUUGAGGAGGCUUGACCUCUCCCAACCAAGUUUAAGUAGGUCCUCAUGGUGCACAGGAGGGGAACCCCUGGGCUGUAUAUCUUAAGACAAUAAAGGAACUUCUGCAUUCACA